AUGAGGGCAAAACGAGAGUAUUCAGAGGAGUUUCUGUAUCCAGAUGAGAUAAAUCCAAUGGACAAGAUACUUGUAGCAAACAGAGGGAUGUCACGCUUUCGGGGCUAUGCCCUUCGUGAAGGUGACAUUGUGAGUUCUAGUGUGAGAAGCGCCAUUUCAUGUCCAAACCAAAACUGCCUCUGGCCAAAAUCAGUGGAUGGAUUUGUUUACGUUCCUUACACCAUCUCUCCUCUCUAUGAUAAUAUGGACCGGAUCACAAUCGAGAUGGGAAUGCUGGACAUCUCAUCUGCGACAUGUGUGAAAUUUGUGCCACGUACGCAUCAAACAGACUUCGUUGAUAUCCAGCCUAAAUUUGGGUGCUGGUCAUUCUUGGGCAGGGUGGGAGGACCACAGCCACUCUCACUGCAGACUCCUGCAUGCAUGUGGUCAGGCGUGGCAUCUCAUGAGCUGAUGCAUGUGCUUGGCUUUGUUCAUGAGCAGUCACGCUCUGAUCGUGACCGUUACGUCACCAUCCUAUGGGAAAACAUCAUUGAGGGUCAAAAGCACAACUUUAAAAAGUAUGAGACAAACAAUUUAAACACCGUAUAUGACUAUGACUCUGUAAUGCACUAUGGGAGAUAUGCUUUCUCAGAAGAUGGAUCACCAACUAUCAUCCCUAAACCAGAUCCGAACAUUCCUAUUGGCCAGCGUGAUGGACCGAGCCAACUAGAUAUUCACAAAAUAAAUCUAUUGUACAACUGUGGUGCGUAAAAAUCUUCACUGCAAAUAUAUAGCAUUACAAUUAAUUACAAAUCCUAAUGAAUGUAUAUUUUUCCUACAAUCCAACAGGUGGCCUCGUCUGAACAGAAGAAGAAUAAAACUUGAAGUCACUUUAUUAAAGUAGCAGCUCAGUCACUAUUAUUGUAUUUUACAGGCUAUAUGU